UUUACAUCCCUGUAACCUAGUGGUUCAGCACAAGUGACUGAUAGAAUAAGUACUAGGAUUAAAAACUAAGUCCUGGGUUUGAUUCAAUCGACUAAAACGCUUCAGGGUGGGGCUCCAGCAUGGCCACAGUCAAAUGACUGAAACAAGUAAAAGAAUAAAAGACUAGAAAUUGCAACUGCUGGUUCAGUAAUUUGCCAGCUCCACUAUUCAAUCCUCAGAAGAGGAGAGGCUGGUAAAAAGUCAGACUUGCUAUCUUCAAUUCAGCAACCAAACAGUUGAUGGUGGACAUAUAUGCUAAAAUAGAGAUAGAAAGAUUAGGCUUUGUUCAAAGAGACUGGAAGAGGAUAGAAGGAUCACAUCCACCCUCAAAGUCAAAAUCUGCUGAAUUUUAACUCAGAACUUAAAUACAAGGUUUCUCCAGUCAUUUUUGGUGCUGAAAAAGUAAUAAACACAUCAUGAAUGCUGAACAAAUUAAAAAGUUUAAUGAUGAAGGAGUUUUGGUAAUUCCAGACUUUCUGUCUCCAGCUACAAUUGAGGAUUUACGAGAUGAAUGUUCUAAGAUUUUAGACAAAAUUGACGACUCUGAGAAUUUGUCUAUCUUUGAUACUGAUAAAAAGCGAACUGAUGAUUAUUUUUUAACAAGUGGUGACAAGAUUCGAUUCUUCUAUGAAAAAGGAGGAGUAAAAGAUGAUGGAAAAUUAAAAGCAAUUCCCCGUUUGUCAGUCAAUAAAAUAGGUCAUGCUUUACACCUGCUGAAUCCUGCUUUUGAGAAAGUUUCCUUCAGUAAGAAGAUUCAGGACAUUGCUCAAUCACUCGAUUACAAAGACCCAGUUAUUGUUCAAAGCAUGUACAUCUUUAAGCAACCUCAUUUUGGUGAUGCUGUGAAUUCACAUCAAGAUAGUACAUACCUGUAUACAGAACCAAUGAGUCUUUUAGGUUUCUGGUUUCCUUUACAAAAUGCCACUCGGGAAAAUGGAUGUUUGGCAUACAUACCUGGAUCACAUAAUAGUGGCCUUCACAAUAACCAAAGGAUGAUGCUGAACCCUGAUAUUGAACAUGGAACUACAAUGGUUGGAACUCGCCCCACUUAUGAAGAUGGUGAUUUCAAAGAUAUUGAAGUAGAAAAAGGUUCGCUUGUUCUUAUACAUGGACUGGUUGUUCACAGAAGUGAGAAGAAUGUCUCUUCAGACUCUAGACAUGCUUACACAUUCCAUAUGUAUGACAAAGGCAAAAGUGUAUACUGCUCCAAAAACUGGUUACAGCCAACUGCUGACUAUUCCUUUGCACAUCUCUACAGAAAAGAUUCCAGUCAUUAAUUGAAAAAAUUACAUUUUUCUACGAAAUCGUACACUAUUAUAGUUUUAUUUUAAAGAAUCUAAACUCAUUAAAAUUAAAUAAAUUCGUUAUGAUGUAAAAGUUUAAAUUACUACAUCUUUCAGUAAUUACUAUGUGUGAGUUAUGAAAUCAUAUAAUUCUAUAAAACAAAUGGUGAUUUGUAGACACUGAGGUGUGUAAGAACUUGACAAUAAUCUUUUUAAAUUAAAUUUUUAUAAGAAAGGAAUCUAACACCACUGCCAUACUGAUAGAAUCUUGAAUCUUUGUCACUAUGGUAAAACAGACGAACUUAAAAUGCCAUACAAGGAUUAAUUAAAAUUAAUCUCUGUGUCAUUUGUUGAUAGUUUAUCCUCUGUUUAGAAUUUCAUUAAUUAUAAAAUGUGAUUUCCAAAACAAACUGGUCAUUUAAUUGUUUGAUUUCUAUUUUGCCAUACUAACUGAGGUUAGAUGAAUACAUUCUGCUGAAGAAUUGUUUUACAGUCGAAUACUUUUCCUCUUGCGAAACCUUACCUGUCGGUUAAGGAAGGAACUGUUAUACUCCACACAUCUUUGAAAGCACUGAGCAAGUAGACAAUCUGUUGACAGGUAAUGACAACAAACAUUAUCUUUUUGUAGCUCAGUGUUUUUUCAUGCAAAGCACAGACUGUAAACAUUCACACACACACACACACACAUGUAUGACAAGCUUCAUACAGUUUCUCUCCACCAAAUUCUCUCACAAGGCACUGAUUAGCCCAAGAGUAUAGUAGAAGAUCCAAGGUGCUACAGAGUGGGAUUGAACUUGGAAUCAUGUGGUUGAGAAGUGAACUUCUCAACUAUACAGACAUCCCUGUGACUGGUAUUUGAAGGAAAAUAUCAAAAGUACUAUAAUUAAAUAUAAUUAAAUUUAUGAAUAUUUUAUUGUGUAAUUAUUUUUGUUUGAAAAUUAAAUUGUUAUAUUUCUGAUA